AUAAACGAUACAAUCUUAACAAAAGUUUCCUCAAAUCAUGUCCAUUGUUUUCUUUAGAUAUGGUUUAAUUGACCUUAGCUUCUUCCGCGGCAGUAUGCGUGAGAAGAGAUCUAAACAUGAAUCCAGUAUCAGCUCAAAGUCUCCAAAUUCAAUAACGAUCAAAGAUGGCUGCCACGCGAGGGGGGGGGGAGAACUCUCCUUUAUGAUAAUACAAAAGUUAACAAACAUUGCGAUUACCUCAUAUCAUAUUGUGUAUAAUCUUGAUGGUGUAUUCAUAGUUUAAAGUCCAUGCAGAUCAAAGUCUAAGCUUCGCAAGUGAUCUUUCUCAAUGUUUUGCAGUCAUAUCAGGUUCAAUCAAUUGAGAUAUAGCAUGCACGUGAUGGUUUCCAGAUUGAACUUAAACACUGAGCAGUAUGACCUUAAAUCGUGAUACUAAAGUGCAUAUUUCCUUUUGUUUUAGCUCCGUAGAAGACGGAUCAGCUCUUAAAAGCUUUGAUUAUAAUGUGAACAUACUGAAACAGAUUGUACACCACGAAAAGUAGGCCUACGUUUCUGUGCGUUGGCUGUUUGACUUUCAUUUACAUUUGUGAAACUGGAACCAGAAUCUUCCACGAUGUUUCAUGGUCAGCAAUGGACAGUGGUGAGGUUUGCAUCCACUGGUAUAGCCUUCAUGGCUGCCAUCUUUUACCUUUACCUGAGAGAUUCCCUCCCAUUUUUAUCAACCCAAAACGCCCCGACAUCGGAUGGCGAGCGUCUGACCUUUGCUUUCCGUUGCCUGGCAUUUUCUAUCCUGCCUCUCUUCAAGAGCAUCAGAGCCGUGGCAAAUAAACGAUUCGAAAACAUGGACACCCUUGGAGCGGAUCCCACUGCACCAGUCGACCCCAUCAAACAUCGAGACUUCUUGACCCGCCAAAGGAAUCUCCAGAAUACCUUGGAGCAGACAGUCUUACACAUUGGAACAGUUCUAGCCCUGGCAUCGAGUCUCCCACUUAAUCAGCUCUCGGUGAUACCCGUCUUGGUUUUCUAUUUCGUAAUCGGUCGAAUCGCCUACUACAUCGGAUAUCUCUACUUUGAAAACCAACUUUACAGAGCAUUCGGUUUUGCUGUUACGGAUCUGCCAUCUGUUCUUGGCCUCGGUUAUGCCCUUUUGACCAUAAUUGUUCAAAAUAUUUAGUUUUAUACGAUCAGAUGAUCAAAGUGUAAUCGUUAGUAGCUGUUGGGUCGAUUACACUUUUAUUUUCAACCAGUGUAAAUGAAGACGAAGCAAGAAAAGGCGUGCAGUUAUUGAAGACAUUGGCGGCGGAAGAUAAAAAACAAUAGGAGGGGGGGGGUCCACCUGAAAUUCUGGGAUGGAGACAGGUAAAAGAUUGGUCAAGCAGCAGCAAAAGAAAAGGAAAAAGUUA